AAAUAUUUCACUUUCGAUUCAGUAAGAAAACAGAAAACAAAAUUCUCUUUUGUUGUCUCUCUCCCGCGGCCUUACCUUAUCCUUUUCAUGCUUCCUCUUUACUGAACAAAUUUCCUCUCCAAUGGCGAAACCUGCGAGAAACGAACACAACGCUACUUUGAUAUGGCGGAAUAUUCCAACCCUUACACCCUCUCUAAGACAAUCCACUCAAGAUAUCUCCGAAGGUCUAUGGAGUAAUAACGCUCAACUUUGCCGUAUUUCGGCCGCCGAUUGCCGGCGCCUUCAAUGCAAAUUUGCCUGCAUUUCGGUUGUGGAAAAGAGAGACCAACACGAAUUCUCACCCUCUCCGUCUCAGCUCCUGACGCAUCCACUGGCUUUACUCGCCUUGGUGCCCAAAGACGCUGCGCUUUUUGCCGCCGGCGCCGUUGCCGGUGCUGCUGCGAAGACCGUCACGGCUCCUCUCGACCGUAUCAAGCUUCUUAUGCAGACUCAUGGUGUAAGAGUAGCGCAUGAAGGCACUAAGAAAGCAAUUAGUUUCAUUGAGGCUAUAACAACUAUUGGUCAGAAUGAAGGAGUUAAAGGUUACUGGAAAGGCAACCUUCCUCAGGUCAUACGGGUUAUCCCUUAUAGUGCUGUACAGCUUUUUGCUUAUGAAUUUUACAAGAAACUCUUUAGGGGGAAAGAUGGUGAACUAUCUGUGCUCGGAAGACUUGGUGCAGGUGCUUGUGCUGGCAUGACAUCCACUUUUAUCACAUACCCACUAGAUGUCCUAAGAUUACGUUUGGCAGUUGAACCAGGUUACCGAACUAUGUCUGAGGUUGCCUUGAAUAUGCUAAAAGAGGAAGGCAUUGCAUCCUUCUACUAUGGUCUGGGACCUUCCCUUAUUGGCAUAGCUCCUUAUAUUGCUGUAAACUUCUGCAUUUUUGACUUAUUGAAGAAGUCUUUGCCAGAAAAAAUUCAAAAGAGAACCGAAACAUCUCUACUUACAGCCUUGAUAUCAGCUUCCUGUGCCACCCUAACGUGUUAUCCUUUGGACACCGUGAGAAGACAGAUGCAGAUGAGAGGCACACCUUACAAGACAGUUUUGGAAGCCAUCUCAGGUAUUGUUGCACAUGAUGGAGUCGUUGGCUUGUACAGGGGAUUUGUUCCAAACGCUUUGAAGACCCUUCCGAAUAGCAGCAUCAGGCUUACGGUUUAUGACUUUGUGAAGCGCCUCAUAGCAACAAGUGAAAAGGAGUUUCAGCAACUAGUUGAAGAUAAUCGUGAGAAGAAAAGCCAAACAAGUAAUUGAACAAUCCUGAAGAAAUCUCAUUUUACUGUCUCUAAUCAUUGUUUACUGCAUUCCAAAUUUUGAGAUAGAUGCGGCUGUAGGAGAAGCAAACAUUUAUCGGCUUAUUCAAUUGCCACAGAAAAUUAGCCUAGAAAAUUUUGAGAUGCUAAGAGGAUUUGUGUUCUUGAGCUGUGUUAUAUACUUGGAAUAUUCUAUACUUGUAGUUGUUUUAGGUAAAGUUAGCUUCCCAAAUUUUGGCUUCCAACAGAUUGGUUUAGUUUUGGAUUUCUUUUAUGAUAGAUCAGUUCAUGUUCUUUUCAAACA